AUGGAAGGUGAGGCAGUGGAGGCCAUCGUGGAGGAAUCAGAGACUUUCAUCAAGGGCAAGGAGAGGAAAACCUACCAGAGGCGCCGUGAGGGCGGGCAGGAGGACGAUGCCUGCCACAUGCCCCCCAACCAGGCCGAGGGGCCCGAGGUGGUGCAGGAUGUCAACAGUGGGGUGCAGAUGGUGGUGAUGGAGCAGCUGGACCCCACCCUGCUGCAGAUGAAGACGGAGGUGAUGGAGGGCGCCGUGCCCCAGGAGGCCGAGGCCACAGUGGACGACACGCAGAUCAUCACGCUGCAGGUGGUGAACAUGGAGGAGCAGCCAAUCAACCUAGGGGAGCUGCAGCUGGUCCAAGUCCCCGUGCCAGUGACUGUGCCUGUGGCCACCACCUCUGUGGAAGAACUUCAGGGAGCUUAUGAGAAUGAGGUUUCCAAGGGAGGCCUGCAGGAGGGGGAGCCCAUGAUCUGUCACACCCUGCCUUUGCCAGAAGGCUUCCAAGUGGUGAAAGUGGGUGCCAAUGGGGAGGUGGAGACACUGGAACAAGGGGAACUUCAGCCCCAGGAAGACCCCAACUGGCAGAAGGACCCAGACUACCAACCCCCAGCCAAGAAGACAAAGAAGAACAAGAAGAGCAAGCUGCGCUACACCGAGGAGGGCAAGGACGUGGAUGUCUCCGUCUACGACUUCGAGGAGGAGCAGCAGGAGGGUUUGUUGUCUGAAGUCAAUGCAGAGAAGGUGGUGGGCAACAUGAAGCCACCUAAACCAACCAAAAUCAAAAAGAAAGGUGUAAAGAAGACAUUCCAGUGUGAGCUCUGCAGCUACACCUGCCCCCGGCGCUCCAACCUGGACCGCCACAUGAAAAGCCACACGGACGAGAGGCCACACAAGUGCCACCUCUGUGGCAGGGCCUUCCGGACAGUCACACUGCUGAGGAACCACCUCAACACCCACACAGGUACUCGCCCUCACAAGUGCCCAGACUGCGACAUGGCCUUCGUCACCAGCGGGGAGCUGGUGCGGCACCGCCGCUACAAACACACUCACGAGAAACCCUUCAAGUGCUCCAUGUGUGACUAUGCCAGCGUGGAGGUGAGCAAAUUGAAACGCCACAUCCGGUCCCACACCGGGGAGCGUCCCUUCCAGUGCAGCCUGUGCAGCUACGCCAGCAGGGACACCUACAAGCUGAAGAGGCACAUGAGGACCCACUCUGGAGAGAAGCCAUACGAAUGUUACAUCUGCCACGCUCGCUUCACCCAGAGCGGCACCAUGAAGAUGCACAUCCUGCAGAAGCACACAGAGAAUGUGGCCAAAUUCCACUGUCCUCACUGUGACACUGUCAUAGCCAGGAAGAGUGACCUCGGCGUGCACUUGCGGAAGCAGCACUCCUACAUCGAGCAGGGCAAGAAGUGUCGCUACUGCGACGCCGUCUUCCACGAGCGCUACGCCCUCAUCCAGCACCAGAAGUCCCACAAGAACGAGAAGCGCUUCAAGUGUGACCAGUGUGACUAUGCCUGCAGGCAGGAGCGGCACAUGGUGAUGCACAAGCGGACACACACUGGGGAGAAGCCCUAUGCCUGCAGCCACUGCGACAAGACCUUCCGGCAGAAGCAGCUCCUGGACAUGCACUUCAAGAGGUACCACGACCCCAACUUCGUGCCGGCCGCCUUCGUCUGCUCCAAGUGCGGCAAGACCUUCACCCGCAGGAACACCAUGGCCAGGCAUGCAGACAACUGCUCCGGGCCCGAUGGCGGCGAGGGGGAGAAUGGUGGAGAGACCAAGAAGGGCAAGCGUGGGAGGAAGAGGAAGAUGCGCUCCAAGAAAGAAGAUUCCUCGGACAGUGAGGAAAAUGCUGAACCAGAUCUGGAUGACAAUGAAGACGAGGAGGAGACAGCAGUAGAAAUUGAGGCUGAACCAGAAGUGGAGCAAGAGGCUCCUGCACCACCUCCCAGUAAGAAACGAAGAGGAAGACCCCCAGGCAAAGCUGCCAGCCAGUCCAAACAGUCCCAGCCUGCAGCAAUCAUUCAGGUUGAGGACCAGAACACCGGAGAGAUCGAGAAUAUCAUCGUGGAGGUCAAGAAGGAGCCUGAUGCGGAGACGGCCGAGGAGGAGGAGGAGGCCCAGCCGGCUGUGGUGGAAGCUCCCAACGGAGACCUCACCCCCGAGAUGAUUCUCAGCAUGAUGGACCGGUGAUGGAGGCCGAGCUCCACGCUGCUGACUGGACUGGCCUGGGCUGUGUUUAAACGGCUCAAAUCUAUUUUUUUCCUUUUAUUUGAUUUUUUUUGUUGUUGUUUCUUGGCUUUGGGAAAUGCAGAUUUUAGCCCUUUUACCAAACCUGCUGGGGAACCCAGCCCCUCCGAGCGAUCUUAGGCUGUGAUUGACCUUCACCUUUUGCUGGUUUCUGUUAGGAUCAUGGAACAUUUUAGGAACUAUCCUGGGUGGGAGUCCCUGAGGGUUUCCUGCCAGUUGCUGCUGGGUUGAGGCUUUGUGCUCCGCACGGCGCCACCC